CAUUCGCUUCUGUGUUUUACACUCGUCCUCUGAAACCUCUGAUCUCUCCUCGCCGGAGAGGUUUCAUUCUUUAGAGCUCGUGGUUGGUAGCACGUCGACGGCGGUGAGGUGGUCGCAAUGGCCGGCGGCGUGGUGGUGAAUAACGGAGGGGGGAAGGACUACCCCGGCAAGCUGACGAUGUUCGUGCUGUUCGCGUGCAUCGUCGCCGCCACCGGCGGCCUCAUCUUCGGAUAUGACAUCGGCAUCUCCGGGGGUGUGACGUCGAUGAACCCGUUCCUGAUGAAGUUCUUCCCGUCGGUGUACCGGAAGGAGCAGGAGGCGGAGAAGAACCAGAGCAACCAGUACUGCAAGUUCGACAGCCCGCUGCUGACCAUGUUCACCUCGUCGCUCUACCUCGCCGCGCUCGUCGCGUCCUUCUUCGCGUCCACCGUGACGCGCGUCGCCGGCCGCAAGUGGUCCAUGUUCGGCGGCGGGGUCACCUUCCUCGUCGGCGCCGCGCUCAACGGCGUCGCCAAGAAUGUGCUCAUGCUCAUCCUCGGCCGCGUCCUCCUCGGCGUCGGCGUCGGCUUCGCCAACCAGUCGGUGCCGCUGUACCUGUCGGAGAUGGCGCCGGCGAGGCUGCGCGGGAUGCUCAACAUCGGGUUCCAGCUGAUGAUCACGAUCGGCAUCCUGUGCGCGAACCUGAUCAACUACGGCACGGCCAAGAUCAAGGGUGGAUGGGGGUGGCGCGUGAGCCUGGCGCUCGCGGCGGUGCCGGCGGCCAUCAUCGCCGUGGGCGCGCUCUUCCUCCCCGACACGCCCAACUCGCUCAUCGACCGCGGCCACACCGACGCCGCCAAGCGCAUGCUCCGCCGCGUGCGCGGGACCGACGACAUCGAGGAGGAGUACAACGACCUGGUGGCCGCCAGCGACGAGUCCAAGCUCGUGGCGCACCCGUGGCGUAACAUCCUCCAGCGCCGGUACAGGCCGCAGCUCACCAUGGCCAUCGCCAUCCCGCUCUUCCAGCAGCUCACCGGCAUCAACGUCAUCAUGUUCUACGCGCCGGUGCUGUUCAAGACGCUCGGCUUCGCCGACGACGCGUCCCUCAUGUCCGCCGUGAUCACCGGCCUCGUGAACGUCUUCGCCACCUUCGUGUCCAUCGUCACCGUCGACCGCCUCGGCCGCCGGAAGCUGUUCCUCCAGGGCGGCACCCAGAUGUUGGCCUGCCAGAUCGUCGUCGGCAGCCUCAUCGGCGCCAAGUUCGGGUUCUCUGGCGUCGCCGAGAUCCCCAAGGCGUACGCGGCGUUUGUGGUGCUCUUCAUCUGCGCCUACGUCGCCGGCUUCGCCUGGUCAUGGGGACCCCUCGGCUGGCUCGUCCCUAGCGAGAUCUUCCCGCUGGAGAUCAGGUCGGCUGGGCAGAGCAUCAACGUGUCGGUGAACAUGCUCUUCACCUUCAUCAUCGCGCAGGCGUUCCUGCCCAUGCUCUGCCGCUUCAAGUUCAUCCUCUUCUUCUUCUUCGGCGCCUGGGUGGUCAUCAUGACGCUGUUCGUCGCCUUCUUCCUGCCGGAGACCAAGAACGUGCCCAUCGAGGAGAUGGUGCUCGUCUGGAAGGCGCACUGGUACUGGGGCAGGUUCAUCCGCGACGAGGACGUGCACGUCGGCGCCGACGUCGAGAUGCCCGCCGCCGCCAACCGCAGCGGCAAGGUCGAUCCGGCAAAGCUCGCCAACUGAGCUCGGUGCGUCGGUCGCUGACGUCGCUCGUCAAUAAGCUACCAUGAAAAAUCUUAUAUUGUUUUUCAUUUUUCUGUAUUAUACGCCAAUUGUCUUAGCACCUAGGACGAUGACGAAACAUCUUCAACCACUAGUCUCUUCUCUUCUCGUUUUCUUUCCAUUCCAGGUGUUCCGGCUGAAUUUCUCUGUGCCGUAUACACUGAUUGGGGAUUGCUUGGAUCAAAUAUGAAUAUAAAUGUAAGUUUCAAAAACUUAUGGUCU